GUUUUUAUGAAAUAAGUACUAUUGAUAGUGAUGCUUAUUACUUUAACAUUCUAAACAGGAUUAUAAAGUAAAGUAGAUCAAGUUAUGGCAUAAAUGGAUAAAAUUGCAUUAAAAAAUGAUUUCUCAAAGUAAUUAGCAAGUCUUAUUGAACUCAAAAUGUUGUAAAGUUCUUACGUUGAAGAAGUGUUAAAAGAAAUUAAAAGUAUAAGAGACUAAUUAAUUGCUGAUUAAAGUGUAGAAGAUUAAGAAUAUGCAAAAGUAUUUAAAUUUAGUAAUAAUACAUAAGAAAAUUGGUCAAUUGAAUGUUGAAAUAGAGAUUUUAGAGAUAUAAACAGAAAAACUUGGAAGAGAAUUGCAAAGAUUAAAUUAAUAAAUAGGAGAAUUAAAUGAAGAUAUAAGCAAACUUAUUGGUACUUAAUAAUCUUAAGAGAAAUAAUUAAAUACAUUAAACUCAAAAGAAGAGGAAAUAAGAAAUCAAUACAAGAGUGAAAUAGAAACUCUAAAAGUAAAUAGUUUAAAUUAUAUUUAGCAAAGAAGUAUAAAUAAUAUAAAAUCUAUUGAUGGAUUAAAUGAAAUGAUUGCAAAAUUACAAUAAGCAGUAUUUGCAGAAUAAAAUAAAACAACAAUUUUAUCUUAAUAACAUACAAAAUAAUAUAUUGAUGAAUUAAGAAAUUCUUUAGGACCAAAUCAUCCUUUAACUGCUUUAGUAGCUGUAACAACAAAGUAUAUAUAUAUUAAUAAAUUAUAUAUAUAUAGAUUUGAUAUACCAACUGUAACUAGAAUAAUUCAAUUACUUGAAAAUAUUAGAGAUUAAAGAAUAUCUGAAAAUGAUGGAGCAGAGGAAUAUGAAGUUAAGGUUACAUAAGCUUAUUAAAUAACUUUAAAAGAAGUAACAGAAGUUAGAGAAAGAUUAAGUGCUGAUUAUUCUAGAACUUUAAUUACUCUAAAAAGAAGAAAUGAAGAAAAUGUUAUUUAAAUUUAUUUAUAUUUUAUAGGCAUUAUCAACAAAGUCUAGAAAUCAAAUAUAAAAAGAUUUACCGAUUGCUCAAGAUUUACUUUAAUAAUAUAGAAAUGAAAGAGAAAUUGUUUAAUCUAAUUAUAAUCUUAGAAGUGCAAAAAGAGAAAAUGAAGUUAAAAUCAUUACUUAAGCUUAUACUAUAGUAGCUUAAUAAGUUAAAGUAUGA